CGGCUGCGAAUCCGCCUGGGCCAGUCGCGCGAGCGCAGGCUGAAGGUGCGUGGUCGCCGGCCCGACUGCCGCAGUCCCCGCCGAGCCCCGACCCUCCUGGCCGCCCCCACCUCACCUCGCCGCCAUGCGCCUCCGCCGCCUAGCCCUAUACCCGGCCGUGGCGCUGCUUCUUGCCGCGGCCCGCCUCGCCGCUGCCUCCGACGUGCUGGAACUCACGGACGACGACUUCGAGACUCGCGUCGGCGACACGGGCUCUGCGGGCCUCAUGCUCGUAGAGUUUUUCGCCCCCUGGUGUGGACACUGCAAGAGGCUUGCCCCUGAAUAUGAAGCUGCAGCCACCAGGUUAAAAGGAAUAGUACCAUUAGCAAAGGUUGAUUGUACUGCCAACACAAACACCUGUAAUAAGUAUGGGGUCAGUGGAUAUCCAACUCUGAAGAUAUUUAGAGAUGGUGAAGAAGCAGGUGCUUAUGAUGGGCCUAGGACCGCAGAUGGAAUUGUCAGCCACUUGAAGAAGCAGGCUGGACCAGCUUCAGUUCCUCUCAGGACUGAGGAAGAAUUUGAGAAGUUCAUUAAUGAAAGAGACUCCUCUGUGGUGGGAUUUUUCAAGGAUUUAUUCAGCGAAGCUCACUCUGAGUUCCUAAAAGCAGCCAGCAACAUGAGGGAUAACUACCGAUUUGCACACACCAAUGUGGAAUCUCUGAUAAACAAGUAUAAUGAUAAUGGAGAGGGAAUCAGCUUGUUUCGUCCUUCACAUCUAAGUAACAAGUUUGAGGACCAGAUAGUGGCAUACACAGAACAUAAAAUGACCAGUGGCAAGAUUAAAAAAUUUAUCCAGGAAAAUAUUUUUGGUAUCUGCCCUCACAUGACAGAAGAUAAUAAAGAUGUGAUACAGGGCAAGGACUUACUUGUGGCUUACUAUGAUGUGGACUACGAAAAGAAUACUAAAGGUUCCAACUACUGGAGAAACAGAGUGAUGAUGGUGGCAAAGAAAUUUCUGGAUGCCGGACAUAAACUCAACUUUGCUGUAGCUAGCCGCAAAACCUUUAGCCAUGAACUUUCCGAUUUUGGCUUGGAGAGCACUACUGGAGAGAUUCCUGUUGUUGCCAUCAGAACUGCUAAAGGAGAGAAGUUUGUCAUGCAGGAGGAAUUCUCGCGUGAUGGUAAAGCUCUUGAGAGGUUCUUACAAGAUUACUUUGAUGGCAACCUGAAGAGAUACCUGAAGUCUGAGCCUAUCCCAGAGAGCAAUGAUGGACCUGUGAAGGUAGUAGUAGCAGAGAAUUUUGAUGAAAUAGUGAACAAUGAAAAUAAAGAUGUGCUGAUUGAAUUUUAUGCCCCUUGGUGUGGUCACUGUAAGAAUCUGGAGCCCAAGUAUAAAGAACUGGGAGAGAAGCUCAGCAAAGAUCCAAAUAUUGUCAUAGCCAAGAUGGAUGCCACAGCCAAUGAUGUGCCUUUACCAUAUGAAGUCAGAGGUUUUCCUACUAUCUACUUCUCUCCAGCCAACCAGAAGCUAAAUCCAAAGAAAUAUGAAGGUGGCCGUGAAUUAAGUGAUUUUAUUAGCUACCUCCGGCGAGAGGCUACAAACCCCCCUAUAAUUCAAGAAGAAAAACCCAAGAAGAAGAAGAAGGCACAGGAGGAUCUCUAAAGCAGCAGCCAAACAUUUCACUUAUAAAAGAACUUUUCCACCAGAGAUGGCAAAAACAUUCAGGAGGACUGGAACUCACAUGGGAUUUCCACCUCUCAGUGCUGAGAGGACAGAAUGGAUAUAAUCUGAAUCCUGUUAAAUUUUCUCUAAACUGUUUCUUAGCUGCACUGUUUAUGGAAACAUCAGGACCUGUUUGUGGUUUGGGGAAGAAAUUUGUGUUGGGGGGGAUUGUUGUGGGGUU